AACUCGUUUCUCGGCGGCGGCGCGAGGCCCGGCAGCCUCUGCUGAGCUGGAAGAAAGAUGGCGGCAGCCGUGCGGCAGGACUUAGCCCAGCUCAUGAAUUCGAGCGGCUCUCACAAAGAUCUGGCGGGCAAGUACCGUCAGAUCCUGGAAAAAGCCGUUCAGUUAUCUGGGGCAGAACAACUAGAAGCUUUGAAAGCUUUUGUGGAAGCAAUGGUAAAUGAGAAUGUCAGUCUCGUGAUCUCUCGACAGUUGCUAACUGAUUUCUGUACACAUCUCCCUAACCUGCCUGACAGCACAGCCAAAGAAAUCUAUCAUUUCACCUUGGAAAAGAUCCAGCCUAGAGUCAUUUCAUUUGAGGAGCAGGUUGCGUCAAUAAGACAGCAUCUUGCAUCCAUAUAUGAGAAAGAAGAAGAUUGGAGAAAUGCAGCCCAAGUGUUGGUGGGAAUUCCUUUGGAAACAGGACAAAAGCAGUACAAUGUAGAUUAUAAACUGGAGACUUACCUGAAGAUCGCGAGGCUGUAUCUGGAAGAUGACGAUCCCGUCCAGGCAGAGGCUUACAUAAAUCGAGCAUCAUUGCUUCAGAAUGAAUCCACCAAUGAGCAGUUACAGAUACACUAUAAGGUAUGCUAUGCACGUGUUCUCGAUUAUAGAAGAAAAUUCAUUGAAGCUGCACAAAGGUACAAUGAGCUCUCUUACAAGACAAUAGUGCAUGAAAGUGAAAGACUAGAGGCCUUAAAACAUGCUUUGCACUGUACCAUCUUGGCAUCAGCAGGACAGCAGCGUUCUCGGAUGCUAGCCACUCUUUUUAAGGAUGAAAGGUGCCAGCAACUUGCUGCUUAUGGGAUCCUGGAGAAAAUGUACCUAGACAGGAUCAUCAGAGGAAAUCAACUUCAAGAGUUUGCUGCCAUGUUAAUGCCUCACCAAAAAGCAACUACUGCUGAUGGUUCUAGCAUCUUGGACAGAGCUGUUAUUGAACAUAAUUUGUUGUCUGCAAGCAAAUUAUAUAAUAAUAUCACCUUUGAAGAACUUGGAGCUCUUUUAGAGAUCCCUGCAGCCAAGGCAGAAAAAAUAGCAUCACAAAUGAUAACAGAAGGACGUAUGAAUGGAUUUAUUGAUCAGAUUGAUGGAAUAGUUCAUUUUGAAACACGGGAAGCCCUGCCGACGUGGGACAAACAGAUCCAGUCCCUUUGUUUCCAAGUGAAUAACCUGCUGGAGAAGAUCAGUCAGACGGCGCCAGAGUGGACAGCACAGGCCAUGGAGGCGCAGAUGGCCCAGUGAGCGCGUGACGGCUUUCACUGAGUUGCACGGAUGAAUUUCACGGUCUACCCACAGCAUUUGCAUCAUGACCUUACGUAUUUCAAUCCCUUUUAUGCUGGAUCCCAUUUAAAGAAGACAUUGUUAGAACAGGAAGCGCAAGCAUUUAAAAACCUGUAGUUCCCAUACAUUCAGGGUCUCUGUGUCCAAGCUAACUCAGAAGUUUUGGAAGCUUUUUCUUUAAACGGAGUAAGUGAAAUAUCCGUGGCUAAAAAGUUUGGGAUUUGUGAUAACUUUGUAGUCAUGUAAAACUUAAAGUGCUUUGUGCCUCUCCAAAUGUGGUAAUUCUAAUAAAUGGAGACAUGAGCCAAAUAAAAGUAGUACUUUGUUUUUAAUUAGC